CAGAGGGAUAGGGCGAGGCGCGCAAGAGGCUUUUAGUAUGCGAUGCAAUGCCCAGCUGCAGCCCACUCAUCUCAACUAUGGUAAAUUAUGGUGAAAUAUGAGAAACUAGAAGACGAGUCCGCAGUUUAAAAACGUGUUGAAAAACAGCCGCUGCUCAUUUUAGUGAAACGAGCGCAAAGACGGAAAGAUACUAAGGAGAAGAACGACCUGAAGGCUGCUCAAAAGAAGAGAAACUGGAUAAAAAUGAAUCCGUCUGCGCAACAAGAGAAUCCUGUCCCGCUGUUGCGUUGAUGCAGAGGCGGAGUCAUCCGGGGACUGAUUACUCAUCAAAAACGAGCCCAUCUGGAAAAAGCCACUUUCUCUGGACCAAACUCUUCAACUGAGCCAUUUUCAUCAAGCGUUCCUCUUUUUUUCUGUCCUCAGCUUUUUGCAGGCAGAUCUGCCUGUGUCUGAUCCUACCAGUGUGCAGAGUUUUCACGUCCUAGUGGCCCAUUGUGGCCCCGUCCUGUUUGAAAGCUGCAGCCCUCAUCUUCCUCCACCAUGACGGUUGCCACCAGCGACCCUGCGGAUGAAGCUGCAACACAUUCAGGUCAGCCUCAUGACCAGUACGACCCAGAUCCAGACCACGAGUGUUGCGAGAGGGUUGUCAUCAACAUCUCAGGCUUGCGCUUUGAAACUCAGUUGAAGACCCUUUCUCAGUUUCCAGAUACACUGCUGGGUGAUCCUAAGAAAAGAAUGAGGUAUUUUGAUCCCCUUCGGAAUGAGUACUUCUUUGACCGGAAUCGACCAAGUUUUGAUGCAAUCCUCUAUUAUUAUCAGUCUGGAGGGAGGCUUCGCCGACCUGUUAAUGUGACUCUGGACAUAUUUUCUGAGGAGAUUAGGUUUUAUGAGUUAGGUGAGGAGGCCAUGGAAAUUUUCAGAGAGGAUGAAGGUUUCAUAAAGGAGGAAGAGCGACCACUGCCAGAAAACGAGUUUCAGAAACAAGUAUGGCUUUUGUUUGAAUACCCAGAGAGCUCAGGUCCAGCUCGAAUCAUUGCCAUCAUCUCUGUUAUGGUGAUUCUUAUAUCAAUUGUAAGCUUCUGCCUAGAGACACUGCCACUUUUUCGAAAUGAAGACGAGGAGAUGUACAAUUACCAACUGCAGUCCAUGUCUAACUCCACCUCUACAUAUGAUCCUUCACCAUAUUUUACAGAUCCUUUCUUCAUUGUGGAGACCCUCUGCAUCAUCUGGUUUUCUUUUGAGUUUCUGGUUAGGUUCUUUGCCUGUCCAAGCAAAGCUGGAUUUUUUGGCAACAUCAUGAACAUAAUAGAUAUUGUUGCAAUCAUUCCAUACUUCAUCACCCUGGGCACAGAGCUUGCAGAGAGGCCAGAAGAUAGCCAGGCUGGCCAGCAGGCCAUGUCCUUGGCUAUCCUCCGUGUUAUUCGUCUAGUAAGGGUGUUUCGCAUCUUCAAACUCUCACGCCACUCUAAGGGGCUGCAGAUCUUAGGACAGACUCUAAAGGCAAGUAUGCGUGAGCUGGGUCUCUUAAUCUUUUUCUUGUUUAUCGGGGUAAUUCUCUUUUCUAGUGCUGUCUACUUUGCAGAAGCAGAUGAGCCACAAUCACAGUUUAGCAGCAUUCCUGAAGCAUUUUGGUGGGCAGUGGUUUCCAUGACCACUGUAGGCUAUGGAGAUAUGGUACCGACAACUAUCGGUGGAAAAAUAGUUGGCUCUCUUUGUGCAAUUGCUGGUGUUCUGACCAUUGCCUUACCCGUUCCUGUCAUAGUAUCAAAUUUUAACUACUUCUACCAUAGAGAGACAGAGGGCGAGGAACAAGCACAGUAUCUGAAUAUCCCAAGUGUGCCUAAAGCCAGCUCUGCUGAUGAUCUGAAGAAGAGUGGUCGAAGUGGGAGUGGCUCCACUCUGAGUAAAUCUGACUAUGUUGAGAUCCAUGAGCCUGUUAACCACAACACUGAUGACUUCAGACCAGAAGCCAAGAAAACAGGAAAUUGCACUCUGGUUAACACUAAUUACGUAAAUAUGGCAAAGAUGCGUACAGAUGUAUAAUGCAAUGGAUUGUCAAUCAUUGCCAGCAAAGAGUAUAGCUGGAAGGUGAUUCAUGUCCCUCCCAAUAGUACCAGGUAUAUGAACACUGAACAGAAGGAGAGCAAAGUGAACUUACACUAAAGGUUGAUUAAAAAGACCUUACGUGUUCGCAUCUUACAGACACCACAGACGGUUCACACUGUAAAACUGCCAGUCAUCUUGUUUAUGGCAUUUUUUUAUGUCUGCAUGGAGUUAGUCUUACAGCUGAAACAGUUUGUAACAGUGUUUGUCCUGCUUGCAUCAGUAGCCAGCUAGUAGCCAAAUCAAUAAGUUAUUAUAGCAACAUGAUGGGACCACUAGUAUGUACUAUAUGGCUAAAACUGCUCCAGAGAUAAUUGAUAGUGAAGAUAAUGUUAGGCUUUUUUUUUAUGAAUUUCUGACCAAGCUUGUAUUUACAAAACACAUUGUUUGAGCAUCCACAGGCAGCUUUUAUUCACUAUAGUCUUUACAGUCCAGGUUUUGAUUCCAAGAAAACAAAAUCACAGGUAUUACAUCUGGGAAAUCCUAAUAUUAGCAGCAAAGUGAGACAUAGACAUGAAGUUACAAUGGUGUUUUCUUUGUCUGACUGUGCAUUUAGAAAUGAUCCCUUGGCCCUGUCGCCUCCAGCUCAGGCUAGAGGGAAUUAUAUGUCUAAUUUGUUGUGAUAAUCAAAGUAGUUAAGACAACCAGAAAAGUAAAAGAAUAUAUAUCUUGAAACAGUGAAGAUGUUUUGUUUUUAUAUUUUUGAUAUUUUUGUAGUUUGUUUUUACUGCGUUACAUCUAUAGCUCAUGUAUUUUUAAUGUUGCUACACAGCAUAUGGGAAUAUUUUCACUGUAUUGCAAAGAGUGACUGGCUGUUUCUUUUUUUCUGUUUGACUACAGUGUAGGUUGGGGCAGAACCUAAUAUUUUCUUUUUGUUAUGAAGUUAUCCUUUUAUUAUCUUCUGUUAUAGGAGCCCACCAUUCUUUCACUGCAACUAGUAGCAGUCAAGUUUUACAACUUAAAAUUGUGAAUUUUUUUAAAUGACUGCAUAUACAAACUUUACCCACACCAGUUACCAAAAGUAAUUUUUUAAAAUGUAUGACCCUCAUGUAAGGACUUGCCCUUAACUCCCCAACCUAUAACUGUCUGUGAUGUAAGAUUUUUGAAACCACUGCCCUACAUAUUUUUUCAACUUCAUAUCAUUCCAUGUUAGAAAAAGAUUAAGAAGACACUUUAUUAUAUUCUAUACUUUAAUGUGAAGCUGAUAUCAGAUGUAUUUCAUAUAUGUUGCACAUAUCCAACCUAAUGUAUGACUUUGAUUAUUCAUGCCUUUUAUAGCAUUACCCUUAAAGGUAUUAUUGUUAUCAGAACUACAUGCAACCAAAGACUGAGCUCAGCUAAAUUUACUCAAGUUACUCAGAGUAAUAUGGUCAACCAUUACUUGAUCAGACAACUCUUUGUUUGUUUGCUAUUAGAAUGUAAGAAUGAAUGUUUUUUUUAUAUGAUUUGCAAAGAGGCUUGCUUACAACAUUCAGCAGCACUGUAGCUGCAAUGGAAGCAUUAACACUAAUUACUUGAUUUGAUGUAAUGCUUUUGUCCACCAUUUCUCCUGUAAUUUGCUCCUGAGCAAAUGAUCCAGUAAACUACCUUCUUCUAAAAACAAAUUAAGGUAAAACAUGUAAUGUCCGUUUAUAUAAAUGUGAGAUACAAUAUUGCUUUUUGUAUCUUUGUCUUCAAACAACAUACAUUAAUCAGGCAUAGCAUAACCAAUGACAUCAGAGGAAAGCAGAGCUUGGCUUUGUCUUCAUGGCAUUUGUUUGUGGAAGUGAUAAAUCAGACAGCAAGAGAGCAUUUGCUUAUCAAACUAAAAGUGUUAGAAGUAAGGAAAGAAGUGUUUCAGUUUGUGGUGGUUAUUAUCUAAGAAAACUGAUUGCCAGAAGAAGCAAUUUGAAACAGUGACAAGAUCAUGAGUAAACAAGGCUCAUAAAUGCAUUUGGGGAGCACAGAAUGCGCAGUAUGACCUAAUCCAACCAUGGUACUCAGAUUGCAGAACAACUUUUAUGUGUGUUCUGCAUAAUCUUUACGUCACAGACACAGUUGAUAAUAAUUUGUUGUAUAUUGUUUUGGACUCCUGUAUCCCAGUCAGGGAGGUAAUGCUGACCCCUUUCCACUGCUGAAAGUAGCUGAAUCUCCAGAACUACAUUAAAGAAGGUGGUCUGGUCAUAAGUAUUACAUUUCCUUUUGUUUGGAUAUUCACUUGUGGAACACAUGGCACCAACAUGCAGUGUGGGAACAAGCAAGUUAGCAGAGUUACCUAGACACUUCAGGCAAUAUUAUGCUGGGGAGUGUUUGCCAUUCAGAAUGUUUUUCUUUGACUUGCUUCAUUUAUAUCAUCACUGUCUAACACUGUGCACUUCCCUGAAAAUUGUAUUAUUGAUAGCUUUGGUCAGCAGGUUAAUACACACUCCCACAAAGCAGGAUUGCACUUUAGAUUUUUUGAAAGUACACUAUUACUAGUGUUAGAUGUUUAGCUUGGCCUCUAGAAUCUCAAAAUCUCAAUCUAAUUAAACAUUUGCUUUGAUGUAUGGAGCUUAUCUCCAAUUUGCAGAUGACAGAGCUUAGGACCAGUUCCCUCUCAAGCUUUAUUGACCACAGUCUGUGUUUCCUUUGUGCAAAAUGGUUGUUUAAGCUCUGCAAUGAACUAUACAAGAAAAAUAGUCUGCCCAGCAUGAAAGUGACCAAUGCAUUCAUAUGUCUACUGACUGUCCAGCAAACUAGAGAAAUAAUAAUAAAAACAUGGAGGAUAUCUUGCUGCCUUCUGUGCUUCUCAUCCCUGCUAAUAUCCUGUAGAAAGCCAUUAGCUCUCUACCCAAAGAUAAUAUAUUUCCAUUUUUAGUACUGUCCAAUCAAUGAGCUGAACUUUCCUGGUCAGACAUCAUUUCAGCAGUACCACCUGAAACAGGCAGUCGAUAUAGCUAUAUAAUGUUAUCCUUGAUGUUUGAAAAGUGAAAGUUAACUACAAUAAAUAAAGAUUGACAUUUAGAGGGCAUUUUUCUUUAAAUCUGACUGUGAAAGCCCCUUUAAAUAAUCGUGUGCUAACAUAUUGGUACCAGAUACGUCAAGGGUCUAGUGGAGUUCAUGUCUCAACAAGUAGACACAGAUAUCUUAUUUGGUUCUAUGCUAUGCCUGAUUGUUGUAUUUUGUUUUUCAGUUGUUUAGUAUCCUAUUAGUUCAGCAGCCAUCUAUUAUGCAUAAACAUAGUAAUGUAGGCAAGCAAGGUUACCAUUUGCUGGUUCUCAUUAUCCAGUGUAAUUCUACUUUUGUAGAACUGCAUGUGCCCUAAAAUUGUAGCAUGCCCUAGGAUGAGUAACAUUUAAAUAUUCAAUUUAAUUAAUCAUACUCCAAUAACACCAAAGGUACUCACACUUACGUCACAAUACAUUUAAAGAUAAAGUUCUGUGUGUCUAUGAAUCUUUUUGAACCUGCAGGUAAUGUAUGAGAGGAAACUAUUUUAUUAUAAUCUUUAUAAGUUAUGCUGUUAUACAAUCAAGGAUUUUAAAACCUAUAAUCUACAGUUGGAUGUUAAAUACUCAUUCUUUUUUCCUGCAGUUUAGUGUCCUACAGUCCAUCAAAAUAAAAGCACAACAGCUACUACCUGCUGCCUACCUAAUAGAUGCAAGGAGAUUCUCAGUGGGUCAGUCAGAGUUUUUGCUCAGCUGAGUAUAUUAUAAUGCUCCAAGGAAAUGUCUGAGUGCUCCUCUCACUGACGUAUCGUUCCAUCAAGCUUGAUACGUGGCAUGUAUCUGUGUCUUUACAUCUGUGUUCAAGAGAGAGCCAGUGAAAUGGAAAGCUUUUAGACACACAUAAGCCGAGUGUUGAGCUUUUAGAGGCAUUGUAGCGGCCACUGUUAACUGCAAGCUCAAAUGACAGUGUGGUCAGUGUGCUCUAAUGUAUCUUUGCAUUUUUGUGUAUUGUAUACAUAUGCAUAUUGUACGUCAAACAAAAGAAAAAAACAUUGUAAGAAUGCCCUGUUACACUCUGAAGGUGUGUUUCACAUAUGUGUUAACUUAUGGGAUAAGCUACAGUGUCUGUCAACGCCUGUAUUACAUGAAACUAUGAAAAAAAUGAUGGGUAAAUAUAUCCGAUAGCGGAUGUAAUAUAAACACUGCCUUCACCCCAGUUUCCUUUUUUGUUUUCUUUUAACUGUGUUGUGCUCAUUUCUCUGAGCCGGGAAUUGUCGAACACCUAUGUCACUUUAAGCUUGGCCCUGAACACUGUUCCUUCAGUUCUUGUUACCAAGCACACAAUUGAAGUGACGUGCUGCCAAGACAAAACCUUCUCUAUCAGGAGGCGAGGAUGGGAUGCAAACUGCAGAAGAUGUCUCUUUUCUGUUGUUGGCAACAUUUAGACACACAAACUCAAACUGACCAUUUGAAAGCAUACAGCUUGUGUACUCGUGUGUACAUACACUGCCUGUGGAAAUUAUUCUUAAUGGACAUACCUGAUGUCAGGAUGGAAAACCUACAUGUGGCUUUGUUCAGCCUGAAGGCCAUAAAGGACUCAAAACUAUUGCUGAUGGGAUUGUACUGUUGUAGCCAUACUAAUGUAUCUAAAACUUGCAGCUGCUUUAAAUGAUGUCUUCUGUCUUAAAACGCUUUAAGCUUCUGCCAUGUAUAGACUCUCCUUCGUGUAAGAGAAAUUAUAAAUAUGCUGCUGAUCUAAUCAAAGUUUAAGGGAUAGAUAGUGAACAUAUAGUAUUAUUCCAAUGAAAGCUGAACUGAUGUGCUACCAGAAUAUGUUAAACAUUGUUUUUCUGUUUGAAUGUCAUCAAAUCAAAUGCAGCAUCUGAGGUUUAUAACAGAAAAUAAUCACACACAGGCCUUGCUCAAAUACGUUGUGUCUUGAUAUGUCUACUUUCUGUAUCCUGAGCCAACUGUGUGUCAUUGAUAAAAUCAAGAUAAUCGUGUGCUCCUUGAAUAUUUGGCUUCUCAACUUCCUCUGUAACUACCGUUUUUCCACUUUAUUUGGAAAAUACUAAACCGUGAAGCAAACUGUAUAUUGUUGCCUAAAGAAGAAGUAUCUGUCUGAAUGCUUGCCAUACUCUAUACAUGGACUUCUGAUUGACAUAAAUAUGGUAGUCAGGAAAAUCUUUAGUCUGGUGUUUUUAUUUGUAAUGACUGUAAAUCUGGAUCAUGCAAUGGGAUGAAUGAUCAUUCCAAUGAGAACUCCCCAUCUCUACCUAAGCACAAUUUUCUAUUACUUUCCUUAUUCUCAAUUUGACAGUAACACAUAUUUAAAACAAUUCCUGUAGAGCAUA